GGACGACUGUGGGCGGAGAGUUUUGGCUUUGAAUAUUUCGAAACGUCGGCUCAGACUGGAGUUAAUGUCCAGGAGAUGUUUGAGUCUUUGUUCAAGACUGUCGUGGAACGAAUAUCAAGUGGUAAACGAUAUGAAAAACGAGCGUCGAACGCUGCGUUUACGAGACAACUAGCCGAUGCUAUACGACAGCUGCUCCACAGCAGCGACAACUGUGACAAACUCGGAUUGCCUCCAAACCCAUCAAAGGAAGAAAUCAAUAAGGCAUAUCACCGAUUAGCCAGGCUGUUGCAUCCUGACAAGAAUGUCGUGCCGGGAGGUGAGGAAGCAUUCAAGGUGCUCGUCGGUGCCAAAUCUGCGUUGCUGAAGAGUGCGAGAAGCUAGUGAACAGAACUGGUCAAAUGUUAUAUUGUAUAUUUUUGCAAAGAUUGAUUUCAGUAGAGUUGGUGUAGAGCACCGGGCGAUAGGCAUGUGUGUAGAUAUGGUUUUAUGAAAUUAUCAGAUUAUGUCAAUGGUCU